AUGGCGCAAGAAAUAAAACGAAGCAAAAACUUUAACAAUACGGAAGUAUUGUUGCUUUUAGAUUUAGUAAAGAAAUUCAAAGAUGCGGUCGAAAAUAAAGAAUGCGGUGCUGUUUCUUUUAAACAAAAAAAUGAGGCUUGGGUCGAAAUAAGCAAACAAUUUAAUGCUGAAAGUGGAGGACAACCCCGUUCUUACAAAGUCCUAAAGGAAAAAUGGAACAACAUGAAACGGAAUACCACCAAAUCAAUUGCCAAAAUAAAAAAACAUAUGGGUGGUACAGGUGGUGGGCCAUCUUGUAAUGAAACUCUUUCAUCACAAGAAACAGCAGUGUUGGAAAUAAUAGGGGAUAGACUUACAGGAAUGUAUUCUGAGUGUGAUAGCGAUAUUCCAAAAAAUGCGCCAAAAGAUAGUCGGGAGACAACAAUACUUGAAAUUGAGACCGACCUGACCGCCGACCACGAAAAUAUUUUUAUACUGGAAGAUCUGGAUUUAAUGCCUGCAAGUGAAAAGAUGGUCAUUGAACCAUCCACAUCUUUGGAGGAACAGAUUGAUGAAAAUAAAGAAAAUGAUUGGGGAGAUUUUAAGUCAACACUUCUAAGAACUCCAAUUGCAAAACCCCUGGCACUACAAAAUGGUAACGUAAACAAUGUUAUUAUUUAUGUAUUAUUUCCAUUACAUACAGAAUAUUUACAACAAUACGAUGGCGAUAAUGAAAAUGAACUUUCUACGGAUGAAGAAAACGACAUGGCAAGCGAAGAUCAAGACUCAUCAGACGAAGAGGAAGAAGAAGAUGAUGAAACUGGCGAAGAGGAAGAAUAUGACGGUCUAAACAUCCAACAACAAGAAGACAAUGAAGCAUACAGAGAAGAACAACAAAAUGAAGAUGCUAUUGGAGUGGAUGACGAAGAAGAUGAAGCUACUAAUCAACAUUCUUUGAAUGUAGGUGACAAAUUUGAUUCUUUUGAGCAGUAA